ACACAACGGCGUAUGACGUGCCGACGAGCACCGAUCAAUAACAGCUCGCUGCCACGCGGCGUCUGCGCUAUCGCGUUGUCGUAUGUAAGCUUCGGAUGUAAGGUGGAGGGUCGGUCCGAUAUAUAUUCGAGUCAUUAAUUAAUCGGCGAUUCGUUAUCUUCGUGUCAGAAUACAAUAUUCACGCGAGGAUUUCUCCAAUGAGCACGCAUGAAUCUAAAGAAAAAAUAUGCGGUGUGAUUGGUGUUGUUGGAAGUAUAUAUACGCGUUCUUCCCUGCGUCUUUCCUCGGAAACUUGCGGAGAAAUUACGACGUCGAUGCAAUAAAUAAUAAUGACUGUCGUGAUGAAACAGGCGGAAUAAGGAAAGAUAUAAUAUCUUCGUUAUCGAGUUUUCAACGCGUAUUAAACCCGUGGAUUGACAUAGAUCUUCCAGACCCACCCAAAAAUUUCAAACCGGUAUCUCUAGUAGGAAUUAGUUUCGAGCGACAUCUGAGGGCUCUGAAAAAAACUUUAGGAUUCUAAACAAGGUUAGAGGACGUUGACAGCGUCAGUCGUUCAAUAGUUUUGCGAGUAAUGCGAGUGUUCACUAGUGAAGUGUGAAAAGGCAGAUCAAAAUCUGUCCAUAACAUUGAGUUUUUCGAAAGGCAAGUUAAUUUUUUUCCAGUUUGAGCAUUUCUAAUGUAAAAAGUUGAUAUUUCUCAUAAGUUUAUGGUACUUUGUCAAAAAUCUAUGUACAUUUACAGCGAUUUAUUAGUUAUGGCGCGCAAAAUAUGCGAUUUGCGACUUCUGGAAGUGCCACCUGUAGAAUAUUUCGAUUCUGCUUCGGAAUCCGAGGAGAACGUUAUUUUGAGUGACUUCUCUUAUCAAGAGACAGACGUAGGAUCGUCUGAUGAUGACAAUGUAAAUCCUGCCAGACAGGAAGAAACCCAGGCAGAAGCGGAAAUGUCAACGCCAAGGCCGUCACGGACUCGAAAAAGGGUUAAGGAGAAAAACAAAUAUAAAUCGAACCUUCGUGCGCCCAAACAGCGGGGCGACGGCAGCUUAAGUACGAAGAUACAUUUACCCCAAGGGAAAAAUGGAGCAGAGCGCGUUACCAGGCCGAUCGAUGCUUGGAGCCUGUUAUUUAACGACGAAAUUUUAGAAAUAAUUCUAAAACAAACAAAUGAGCAAAUUGUUCGAAGUAGAACCGCAACAGAAUAUCGUGACGCCGAUAAGACAUAUUCUUUUCUAACUAUGAUGGAGUUCCGUGCAUUUAUAGGCCUUCUCUAUUUUGCCGGAGCCAGCAAGAAUAAUUCUGAUACCGCAGAGAUGUGGUCAAAUUUGGGGUCACCUAUAUACCGAGCAACAAUGUCGCAAAAUAGGUUUAAAUUUAUAUUAUCUUGUCUUCGUUUCGAUGAUCAAAGAACUCGUCGGGAGAGGCGGACAGAUGAUAAAUUUGCGCCAAUUCGAGACAUAUGGGAACGUUUCGUCGAAAACUGUAAAAAUUACUACUCGCCGCAUCAAAUCUGCACGAUCAACGAACAAUUGGUAUCCUUCUGCGGUCGUUGUGCGUUUAAAGUAUAUAUUAGAAAUAAGCCGCAUAAAUGUGGUAUAAAACUCGUGACGAUUAACGAUUCCGCGACUUCCUACAUGUUUAACGCGAUUCCGUACGUUGGAAAAAUGACAACAGAAGCAAACGAGCCCGUUUCUUUUUACUGUAUUCGAAAGCUAAGCGAGCCUAUUUAUAAUACCGGGCGGAAAGUCAUCUGUGAUAAGAGAGGAACGGCCAUUUUUGACCAGCUGUGUGAUGACUAUUCCACGGCACGAGCAACUCGCCGUUGGCCAUUGAGAAUAUUUUUUGCAAUGCUCGACUAUGCGAUUGUAAAUAGCUUUGUUUUAUAUCAACUAAACAUCGAAAAUGAAUCGUUAAUUAGAUUCAAAUACGUACAAAAUUUAACUAUGGCGCUUUUAACACCUUUCGUCCAGCAGAGAAUGCAGACACAAACUCUGCGGAAAAACCUGAAGCUGUUGAUUAAUCAUAUUUUUGGUAUUGAAAUGCCAAUCACAAUGCAAUAUGAUCCUGUGGAUUGUAAAUUAGAAAAAAGAAAACGAUGUGUAUUUUGCAAUGUUGACAGAAAAACUCAAUAUAUAUGUUGCACGUGUAAGCGGCCGAGAUGUGAGGAGCAUCGCUCUUAUGAAUGCAUAGAAUGUGCUGUACAACAAAAAAAUAUAUUUUUCUGAUGGACAUCAGAAUUGCUCAAAUUUUUAAUAAAUAAAUUUUAAAAAACAGAAAAUAAUCGAUUGUCGCGGAAAUAAUCGAUUUUAAAAAUCUCACAGAUUCAAUCUGUCCAAAUGCUAGGCUGUUUUUUAGAAUCUAUUUAGGAAGAGUUAAUCGAGAUCUGAGUAUCAUAAAAGUAUUGUCAGCUGAUAGAACAUGAUGAGCUAAUAAACCCGUUUUUUCUUUGACACGCAGUUUCCACGCACGUGCGUCGUAAGAUUGAUUUUCUAUCUGGACAAAAAAAUUUUUAUCUUCAUGGCAGCAAGUAUAAUUUCACACGUGCGUUAACGGUACAGUAUGAUUGUACUGUAUCUUGAAAAUCCGCCUGUGUAAUAACUUGCAAGUUAUCGCGGACUAUCUCUGCCGAUUAACUAAGUCUAUAAAUAAUCAGUGGUUGUCGUAUGCGCGAUGUUCGUUUGCCUGAUUUGCAAAAAAACACUCAGUUGGCAAUACCUAUAUAUAUGUGUAUAUAUAUAUAUAAACUUCAAACAUCGUUCUUCAAGAAGACUUGGACUCAUCGCUGCGACGAUAAUUAAUUGUUCUUCUAUGAAAACCGGUUUCCAUUUUCUCACAACCAACGCGCGAUAUCAAAUAACACUAUAUAUGUAUUACUAUCUUCGUUUUCACACUACACUUCAUAUGUAUAUAUUCGAAUUAUUUCUUUUAUUCCUGACCUUCUAUAAUCUAAAAGCUCAUAGUAUACGACAAUUGUUGAAUUUUUCGUGAUGUACGCUCUCAUAUAAUGCAAAAAAAUGUAAAUGUAAAAUAUGUACAUAAUGUAACAUUUUAUU